AUGAACGGGACGACAAUACCCGCGUACUCCUCCAAGAAAGAGGCCCUUGCCAUUCUGCAGUACCUCUGCACUCAAUUUGAUCCUAUAUCGCUACCUGCUGGAGUAGCGAGUCGAGCGGAUCAUGUCCAAUUUGUCGCGGAGCGGGAUCAACCAUAUUUCCCAAUCCCAUUCAAGGAAACAGAAACAACAGCAGCGCUCAAGGCGAUUGAGGCAUCAGUUGCAUCCCUUCUCGCAGAUACACGGCAAGAGGGAUCGGUCUCUGAUAGAAAAAUCGUGGUUAACCUUGAAAAGACAACAGCAUUCCUAUUUCAAGCAUACUUGGCCAAAGUUGGAGGGUAUGGAAAGCUUGAUAAGGGGGUCAAGAGCAUGCUGAAAGACACGGAUCUUCUGCAGGCGCAAUCUGAUCCUUAUCGUCGCAUGUCUGCCAAUUUAUAUGCUACCAAAAACCCCAAUGAAUAUUAUCACAUCCAUGGGUCAUUGGAAGCGUCGACGACACUGAAGAUGAUUGGGCUGGAACCAUACCGGCCUGAUUUGGCAACGCAUGAGGAUAUUGUGCAGGAAAUUGAAUCUGCGGUGAAGAAAUUUACGGUGGAUGAAUUAGAAGAGCUAAAUGCAGAGCAUAGGCAAGCUGGGAUAAAAGCAUUUACACAUGCUGAAUUUCUUAAAACUCCACAUGGUAAAACAAACAUGCUGCUUCCACCAUGGUCAGUUGAGAGUUUAGAAGACAAGACGCCACAGAUACCUCUCACAACUCAAGAUAAUCGACUGUUAUCCGGCAUCAAGGUACUGGAGCUGUGUCGAAUUAUUGCCGGCCCUACGAUCACUAGGAUAUUGGGCGAAUAUGGCGCAGAAGUCAUCAAGGUGACAAGUCCUAAUCUCAGCGAUGUGCCCUUCUUUCAGGUAGACGGCAACAUGGGAAAGCGAGCGACAGAUCUGGAUCUCAAAACUGCAGAGGGAAGAGAGGCUUUUGAGAAGCUCCUGGCCGAGGCCGAUGUUGUAGUUGACGGAUACCGCCCUGGAGCUAUCGCCAAGCUGGGAUACGGCCCUAAACAGCUUUCCGAAUUGGCCAUCAAGAGAGGCAAGGGAUUUGUCUACGUCAAUGAGAAUUGCUUCGGAUACGAGGGCGAGUGGGCUCAUCGGCCUGGAUGGCAGCAGAUCUCGGACUGUGUAACGGGCAUCGCGUGGGAGCAGGGUAAGUUCAUGGGCCUCAACGAACCCAUGGUACCCCCGUUUCCCAUCUCAGACUACGGCACCGGCUGUAUCGGCGCCAUUACAGCGCUCGUGGGUCUUUAUCAUCGAGCAACUCGCGGCGGCUCUUGGCACGGCAAGGCUUGCCUCCUACAUUAUGACCUCCUCCUGUUCAAAGUCGGCUUGUUACCGGAGCACGUUCAGCAGGAGCUUCGCGACACUAUGGGCCCCGAGGUGCUCGCUUUACGUUAUCAUAACAGCGUGGACCAAAUCUCAGGUACUGCGCUGCGGCGAAUGCGCGAGGUGUAUCCUAACUUUGUGGAGAACCCAAAGUACCUAGAUAAGUGGUAUGCCGAUAAGUACAAGGCGGAAGUGCAUGCAGUGAGGCCGGUGGUGGAGAUUGACGGUUUGGAAUUGGGAUUCCGAAGGGCAAGCCGGCCGAACGGUUCGGAUGAAGCGAAGUGGGAAGUGGCUGAAGAAAAGGAUUACCGGACGGAGUAG